UUCUGCUAAUAUUAAUCAUUUCACUUUAAGACACUCCCUAUUUGUCAGAAGUUUUAACAACAACAGAAGAAAAGUCUUUCCUAACAGCUCGACUUAUUUUCUUUUUAGUGAAACAGAAGCAUGAUAGCUUGUUUAGUAAUUCAGUAACCAUCUAAUAAUCUGUGUUGAGUCUACUUUCCAGAUCUGAUGAUGUUUCCUCUGUGGCAGGUUGUGAUGAGACUCCUAGUACCAUCAUGACAUCUCUUAAAGAACUAUCUUCAAAGAUCAAGUCCUCAUCAAAAAGUCUGGAAAAUCUCACCUCAAAAACAAAAAAAGCGAGGAAUCAUGAUAACCCAAAAGAAUCAACAAAUCAAAGUGUGGAUGAUGUUUCUUCUCUCCCAUCAUCGUCUAACUCAAAGCAGUUGAAAAGCAGUGUGUCUGUGCCUGUUCUUCAGCAGGACGAGACAGACAGUGACAGCACUUUUGAGACCAACUUGGGCUUGAGAAGAAACACGGGCAGCUCCACGUCUAACUUAAGUCUGUCCUCUGGAUUGGCCUCCAUGUCUUCUGUCAGCGGCAGCAUCGGCAGCAUUUACCCUGCUGACCUUGGUGACAUUGAAGUCCAGGGAAGCAUUCAGCUUGCUGUGAACUACAUCCAGAAGCUUGGGGAGUUUCACAUCUUCGUGGUGCACUGCAGGGAUCUGGCCGCGGCAGACACCAAGAAAAACCGCUCAGACCCGUAUGUCAAAUGUUACCUCCUUCCUGACAAGACCAAACUGGGAAAGAGAAAAUCUGCUGUAAAAAAAAGAACUCUGAACCCUGACUACAAUGAAAUCCUCAGGUUUAAAAUCCCAAUGGAGGAGCUGAAGAGUCAGAUUAUAAACAUCUCGGUGUGGCAUAAUGACAAUUUUGGGCGCAACAGUUUCCUGGGUGACGUGGACCUGGAUCUUUCAGAGUGGGACUUCAGCAACACACAUAUAAAUGAAUAUGCAUUAAAAGCUGGGACUCCCUCACAUCUGGCAGACGGCAGAGGACAGAUGAGAGUGGCCCUGAGAUUCCUGCCACUGACGUCCCAGAGUCAGAGCAGGAUGGAAACUAGUGAGGUGCAGAUUUGGGUGAAAGACUGCAAGAAUCUCCCUCCAGUUAGAGGAGUUGUUAUCGACCCGUUUGUGAAAUGCACUGUGCUUCCUGACACGAGUCGAAAAAGCAGACAGAAGACGCGGGUUGUGAAGAGGACAGCAAACCCAAUGUUUAACCACACCAUGGUGUAUGACGGCUUCCGCCCAGAGGACCUAAGAGAGGCCUGUGUGGAGAUCACAGUGUGGGAUCACGACCGACUCAACAACCAUUACAUCGGCGGAGUGAGGCUGGGGCUAGGGACAGGGAAGAGUUACGGGGUGGAAGUGGGCUGGAUGGACUCAACGGCGGAUGAAGCGACCUUAUGGCAAAGGAUGUUACAGGCUGACGGGGAGUGGGUGGAGGAUGUUUUUCCUUUGAGAAUGUUGGUGAUGGCAAAAAGCAUGUCGAAGUGAUAUUUUACAGAAUGAGCUGGAAAAUGUUUGAAAACUUUAUGGAGGCACAGUGCAUGUACAUAUGGACGCACUUAGAAAUGUGUAAUCAGCAGCUUUAAUGAGACAUGUGUGUAUCUGUGUUCACAUAGUGCCUACAGUAGGUGUAGUGUAAUCACAUGUUGAAUGUGUUAUGUCAAAAGUUACAUAUAU